AUGGCAAUACUAAAGCCUGGUAAAGACUCAGCUAGUCCAGCUAGCGAUAGGCUCAUCUCUUUGCUCUGCCAUACAUACAAGCUCUUCAAAAUACUCAUCCUCAACCGUUUGACCCCUUACGUGGAUAAACUCCUCAUCCCAGAGCAGGAGCACUCGGCGGAGCAACAGUAUCUACAGUUCAGGGCCGUGUACAAGCAGGAAGAGGAGGCAGCAAAGCGGGCGGGCAGGCGGCCGUCGCUAUGGCGAUGCUACGCGAGGGUGUCAUGGCGGACGAUGGUUUACACGGGCGUCUGCAAGCUGUUCGCGGUGCUGCUGGUGUUCGUCGGACCGUGGGUCAUCGGGCGCAUCAUAGUCUUCCUGUCACGCACGUCUACGGAUGCUGAUACCGUCGCCCCCGGCAACCAGACGGCGGCGGCGGUGGUGGACGUGAGGCAUCUCGCUGACAACGGCUACGUGCUCAGCCUCCUCCUCUUCCUCGCAUCCCUGCUGCAUCACACGCUUACACAGAGCUUCAUGCUUCACGCGCUCGUCAAGGGCGUGCACCUGCGCGCCGCCAUCCAGAUGUUUGUUUACGACAAGUCACUGCGCCUCGCUCUGUGGAGCCACGGUGGCGCCUCCACCGCCCCCGGCAGCGACGCCAUACCCGCGCUCGCAAACUGCGACAAGACGGGCGCCACCGAGAUGGUGUCACUCGCUGCCGGCAGGGGGAGCCACCGCGAGACGAGCGGCGGGAACCGAGCGGACGCGGAGAUGGACGGCGUAAGCUAA